AGCCGGCUUUCCCCUCCCCCGGAGCGGGUUUCCGCCAGAGACAGUCGACAUGUCCCUGGGGCUGAGCUCCGGCUAGAGCCGGGGAGGGAGGGCCGCCCGCCCGCGCCAAAGCUCCGCCAGCUCUUGGCUGAAUCAGGAAUCCCCGGCUCCGGACUCGCCACUCCUUCUUCCCUCGGCGUCCGAAAGCCCGGAGCUGACGCCGGCGCUGGCUCAAGGAGCCGGAGCGGGGCAGCACCGCCCCUCACGCCGCCGCCGCCGCCUCCUCCUCCCCUUCGCCCUCCCACUCCCACCCCCAGUCAAGGCCUGCUGACCGCGCCGAGCGCCGAGCUGGACUGACCACGGCGGCCCAGAGACGGGAGGAAGCAGCAGCCGACCCGCCCCUGAGAUCGCGCCCUCGCCGCCACUGAGGGGAUUGAAUUGAGGCGCCGCGGCUGCGGGAAGCGAGAAGGAAGGCGGAGCCGCCGCGUGAGUGAGACGGGGGCUGAGCCGAAGAGACCAACACCGAGAAGGAAACAGGAGGAGGAUGUCUCACCGAGGGACCGGCACCCAGAUUAGCCCGUGACUCUUCCAGCGGCGGGCCUCAGAGCCCAGUGCGGACUCGGACUUUGUCUUUGGGGGACCGUGCCCUGCCCUUCCUGGUUUCCGGCAAGAUCGCAGAGGAGCCGGCGUGCCUCUCUGCCCUCCAGCCUUCCUCACCAUGUCCAAGAUGCCGGCCAAGAAGAAGAGCUGCUUCCAGAUCACCAGUGUCACCACGGCCCAGGUGGCCACUAGCAUCACCGAGGACACCGAGAGCCUGGACGACCCGGACGAGUCACGCACGGAGGACGUCUCCUCCGAGAUAUUCGACGUAUCUCGGGCCACGGAUUACGGCCCCGAGGAGGUCUGCGAGCGCAGCUCCUCUGAAGAGACGCUCAACAAUGUUGGGGAUGCGGAGACUCCCGGGACCGUCUCCCCAAACCUCCUCCUAGACGGGCAGCUGGCGGCCGCGGCGGCCGCUCCCGCCAAUGGAGGAGGAGCCGUUUCGGCUCGGAGCGUGGCUGGGGCCCUGGCCAGUACCCUGGCGGCGGCCGCCACCUCGGCCCCCUCUUCGGGGGCUCCUGGCGCCCCCCCGGUCGCAGGCCCCUCCUCCGGGCCAGGGACUGCCGCCCCAUCGCAGCCCCCCACCACUUGUAGUUCCCGUUUUCGUGUGAUCAAGCUGGACCACGGGAGCGGGGAGCCCUAUAGACGCGGCCGAUGGACGUGUAUGGAAUACUAUGAGCGGGAUUCCGACAGCAGCGUCCUAACUCGGUCCGGGGAUUGCAUUAGGCACAGCAAUACUUUUGACCAGACUGCGGAUCGGGACAGUGGUCUGGGCGCCACCGGAGGGUCGGUGGUGGUGGUGGUGGCCUCCAUGCCGGGGGCGCACGGUCCCGACUCGGGAACUGACAGUUCCUUGACUGCUGUGUCACAGCUGCCCCCGUCGGAGAAGAUGAGCCAGCCCGCUCCGGCCCCGCCGCAGAGUUUUGGCGUUGGGCAGCCGCAGCCGCCGCCGCCUAUGCCAAAUGUACCCGCGCCUCUGGCCCAGUCGCAGCAGCUGAGCAGCCACCCGCCAGUCAGCAGGAGCGGCAGCAUAAUCCAGCACGCUGGGCUGCCCUUAGCGCCAGGCAUCGCCAGCGCACCGACGAGUCUACCGCAGUCUGACCUAAGCCAGUUUCAGACUCAGACCCAGCCUUUAGUCGGGCCAGUUGACGAUACUAGAAGAAAAUCAGAACCCCUACCUCAACCACCACUUUCUCUCAUUGCUGAAAAUAAGCCUGUUGUGAAGCCUCCUGUUGCAGAUGCCCUGGCAAACCCCCUUCAGUUAACACCUAUGAACAGUCUCGCCACAUCUGUAUUCAGCAUAGCUAUUCCUGUUGAUGGUGAUGAAGACAGGAAUCCUUCAACUGCUUUCUACCAAGCGUUCCAUUUGAACACGAUUCAGGAAUCAAAGAACCUCUGGGAUAGUGCAUCUGGGGGAGGUGGUGUAGCCAUUGACAACAAAAUAGAACAAGCAAUGGAUCUGGUGAAAAGCCAUUUGAUGUAUGCAGUAAGAGAAGAAGUGGAAGUUCUAAAGGAACAAAUAAAAGAAUUAGUUGAAAGAAACUCUUUACUUGAACGAGAAAACGCACUGUUAAAAUCUCUUUCAAACAACGAUCAGUUAUCCCAGCUCCCAGCCCAGCAGGCCAGUCCCGGUAGCACUUCUCAGCAGCAGGCAGCGACAGCACAGCCUCCGCAGCCGGCACAGCCUCCGCAGCAGCCGAAUGUCUCCUCAGCGUAAAGCUCUCUUGCCUCAUUAAGAAAAACUGAAAGCAACCUAUCCUUGUGUGCCACUCAUGUUCUUUCCACUUGAUACGAAAGCAAGUAGCCAUGCUUCGGUUGUGUGUUUGGCCUUUUCAGUAUUAGACAAUCAUUCUACAAGAGCUUCUCCUCUCUCUGAGAUGUCAUGCAGCGCUGUCAAUGUUCAGGUUAUGUCCUCAGUACACAAGGAGAAUAACAGAUGGGAUGUGUUAAAGCUAGCAAAGUUUGCAUUUUACCUGGUGCGCAUGAGUGGGGUCUUUUAAGAGCUUUGGUGGCUCUCCCAUGUUUCCUGUUUCCCAUGGAUUUACCCUGAGCCUUUCUAUCACAUUAUAAGUAACAGUUCAUCUAAAGAGCCACUUUUCUUUCAAUAUCAGUAACAUUUGCCUACAUAAGUUUUCAUUUAUUUGUGUUUUAUUUAUUACAGGGCUGCUAUUUUCAUAAUGUACAUGAACAAUGUCACAGAACUUUUUUAAUUUUUUUGAAUAAUUAUAAGUAUCAGUAAAGGAAUUGAAAGACAGGAUUGCAUUUAAUAGAUAAAACGUUUAGGCAAUAAUUGAACAAAAGAAUCCUGGCAUAUUUCUAACACUAAUGGCAAUUUACCUUUGGUAUUUAUUUUCAGUAGUAAAGACCCAGCUUGAAUGUAAAUUUUGUAUAGUGUAAGUAUGAAGAACAUAGUGCAACUGUACAGGUAGUCACCAGUUAUUGUGAUAUAAUAAAUAAUUGGGCUAUUUUGAUGAAGAAAACUUUGUUCAUUUGUUUCUACUUUCUAAUAGAGAAAUUGCCACGAUUCCUCUGCUUUUCGACAUUUCGUAUGACUUUUUUUCGGGUGGGAAUAAAAAGCUGUGAAAUUGUUCAACCUACUUUGUAACCAAAGAAGCAAAGCUGUGUAAUGGAGUUUUUUUUUUUUUUAUAAUGCACAUUCUUUAUGUAUUUUUACUUAGUGUUUUCUCAGUCACAAUUUUCUUUGCUGUCUAGCAUGAUCUGCAUGAUCUAUAAUCUUUGAACCACUUUCGUACCUCAUGUUUUUAUCCAGCACUCUUAUUGUAAUAUGUACUAGUCUGUGAACAAUGUCAAAUAAAAAAGAACGAACAGGUAGUAUGGUGGAGCUGAGCUAGUGCGCUAUACACUAGUUGUAAAAAAAAAAAAUGAAGUGAGCCAUCUUUUGUUCAUUUAAAAUGGUGUUUUGAAUUUCGUAUGCAGAAAACGUUUUGUUACAUUGCAGAUUUUAAUGUAUUUAAUAAAUGCAACAUGCAGAUUAAGUGCAGUGUAUACUGAGUAUUUAAAUUAAAAUGUACAUUUCAUAAAUACAAUUUCAAGAGAAAGCAUCAUUUUGUGUAUACUAACACAUUAAGUGUAUGUCAGAAGUUGAUGUAUAAAUAUAUAUUUUAACACAUUUUCUGAAAUUAAACUGCAGUUUUGUUGAAAUAUUUGGCUCUAUAUGUGUUCAAAAUUUAAUUUGAUUAGAUUUGUAUUUUCGCAGUUCAAAAUAUUCCUUAAAUGAAAACCUAUGUUAUUAAUGACUUAACGAUGGUUCUUAAAUUUUCAAAGUAAAAUAAUUUAAAGAAUGCAAGAAUGGUGAGCAAUAUUUGUACUUAAUAUUCAUAUUAUGUCAAUGACAUUUGAGUAGGAAAUCCUUGUCUACCAAAACUUUUACUUGAAUUCAGAAAGGUGCCUGUAGAAAUUAACAUGCUGUGUAUCUAUAGCCAGCUAGCUAAUCAAGAGUUAAUGAGAACCAAUAGUUAGCUCUCUGUGUUAAAAGACGAUAAAUAAGUGUUCUUUAUUUAAAAUAAAAAAUCAAAUCAGCUACAAACUAAAUGGCAUAAAAUCGAAGUAUACAUGGGAUUUUCAAUUAUUUUACAUUAUAGUUGUGCUGAAUGAUAUAUUCACUAAAAACAAAAUUUUAAUGUUAAUUAACAUUAGAACUAACUAAAGGAACUAAGUACUUAGGCUUAAAGAAGCAACCUAAAGAUGUGGAGUAAGAUUUUAAAUAGAGCCACCACAGAUGAGCUAGAAGGUGAAACUUUCGUGUUGGAAUGUUAACCAAAAGGCUCACCCAGUGUGCCCCAUAAGAGCAAACAAUGUGGUAUUUAAUACAGGUGGAGAAAAAUUAGUAUUAGAAAGGGUUGAAAUUUUGUGAAAAUGUAAAUUUUGAUGUUGGGAUAGAAAAACACUUUAUAAUCAGUAAAGUAAUAGUCACAAAGGAAAUGAUUAGUAUGUUUAAAAUGGUAAUUGAAAUAAAUUACUACUUUUUAAAAAAUCACGAUAGACGAGAAAACCUUGGAUAGUUCACAAAAGAAAUAAAUGGCAGUUGCUAAAAGUUGAACCUCUAGUAACCUAAGAAAUGCAAAUUAAUAUUUAACAAAUGAUUUUUCUUUUAAAUAGCAGGACCUAAUGUCGAAGGGCAAGCUUUCCUGAGUACUUCCAGAAAGUAAGUUGGCAAAAUGUAUUAAGGCCUUAAAUAUUAAUACACUUUUCAAUUUAUUUUAAUGACAUGAAAAGAUACUCAACUAAUGGUGCAGUGUUCAAAAAAUGCAAAAUUACAGUAGUGCCUGUUCUCUCCUCUCCUACCCUCUUCUCCUUCCCUUUGGAUCUAAAUUCAUCAUGAACACCCUUAGAAAUAGCUGUGAAAGGAAGCCUGUACAUCCGGACCUCCUCUAAUAAGGCAUGCCCCCACUCCAAAGUCAGGGACAAGCCUAAGAGGGGGAAAGCUGUGUGCUUGCCAGCAUCAGAUACUCUGUAUAUGGAGACAUCAAGCAUUCCCCCAAGUGGUUAGUUUAGGAUCUUAAGUAAAUUUCAGUUUUACCUCAGAUAUUUAGAGUCUCCUGUUACACAUGGCUGGAAUAUUAAUUUAUUCAGAUGCCAGUUUGAGAGCACAGUCUUACAGGAGAGCCAUCUGUAAUUUUCUCAGUGAAAUGCUCAUAGACCAAGGUGCCACCUAAGUUUUUUGUUGGUUUACUUUAGCCAAGCAAAAAUUCAAGUAGAAAAUUUGUUUCUGAGAUGGGAAUGUGUCUUCAAUAUGAACCUAACUUUCCCCAAGCUACAAUGUGAUUUUAUAGCUUGCUACAGCACCCCCCAAGAAAGGGGGGGGGAUUGUAAGAUAUUAAAUAUGUUUAACUCAUAACUGUAUGUCCAAAAUAGCUGUAUAUUUCCAAUUUUAUUUCCUGAGCUAAGCAUAGUAAGUAUUAUUAAGACAGGAAUGCUUUACUACCAAGCCCUCAGUGAUGGAUAAUUAAAACUACUAUUAUUCACAAGGAAUUGUCACAGGUCAGAGACUAUGAUGUUUCUCCAAGUUCCAAACCUUAGUCACUCCUGCACUUUAAAAAAAAAAAAAAAAAACGAGUUGGGGAGUAGGGUAGGCAGGGUCCUUAAGAUUAACCAAAAUACCUGUUCAUGGAAAUUUCAUCCUUGUAGAACCAGAAAUAAAAUAUCACCUAAUUUUCUGGAAACAUUUUAAGGAUAAUCUGAAGUCACGUAUUUUUGUUUUGUUUUAUUUUGUUUUUGAAGUCAUGUAUUUUUUAAAGGAAGCUUUAUAGCUCAGUGGCAGGCACUUUGUGACAUGAUUCAGUCCUGUUUUCAGUCCUGUUCAAAAAUCUUUUGAAAGGAUAAAGCCCAGCUCUCAAGAUUCACAGUUUAAUUAAGGAUACAGACAAUCAAAUAGAUACAAUGCAGUAAUAAAGACUUGUAUACACAGUCAAGGAUGGCUUUGUCAAGGAAGGUUUCCUCAAAGAGGUGACACCUGAGUCUUGAAGUUCACAAAAGUAGAGAGUGCUCAAAGGCUUAAACGAGAGCCAUAAGCAAAGCUCCUUGGGGAGCACAGAACUGUUUCACAGGAGGCAGGCAGACAGGCAAUGACUGCCUCACCCACUUGUGUAGUUUGGCAUCUAUUCAGAAAGCAAGAAUGAUUUAUUAUAUGAUUUUAAGAAAUGAGAUUGUAACCAAUUGCAUUUCAGAAAAAUAAUUCCACUUGCAGAUGAGAGGUAGUUGGGCGUCUGAAACUAGAAGCUGAGAAGUAAUUUAGGAGGGGUAGUAAUAAUCCAGAAAAGAGAUGAUGGAUAGGCAAAAUUAUACAGGCAAUCUUGUGACUUCAUGAAGGAAGUUUGUCUUGGGUCUUUCUGUACCAUUUUUCCCUCCACGAUGAACAUUCCAUUCCCUGGGUCAGGUGCCUGUUUCUUACUGCUCCAAGGAAAGAUCAGAGAGCUCCAAGUCUUAGAAAGUUUGAGAAAGACUUUUCCUUCCAACAGCCUUAUAUCUCUAUGAAAUGAGUCUUUAUUUCCUUUUAAAGGGACUUCAAGAAUUUAGCAAAAGUGUAGGGGGUACUAGAAGAGACUUGGCUGUCCCUUUAUGCCUCUGUGUAAAUCCAGCCCUAAAGGUAAACCAAAUUUUGUCCUUUUAUGGUGACUACAAUUAGAGUGGUCCAGAAAUAUGAGUUCAGAGUUUGUCCCUCAGAGUUACUUCUUCCUCCCCAGAAAGGAUAGUAUGGCUUCUAGCUCCAAUGCAGAUACUAACAGCCCAAGUCAGGAUAGUUUUGGUAAGCUCCAACCUUCCGUUCUCUGACACAGUUCAAUUCCGAAGGCUUUCUGCCCUAGAAGUCCCCUGCCUAAGCAAAACUGGACCUUUUCUCCCACCUCCUCAUACCUCAUAAUCCCUGUUUCUAUUUUCUAGCAAUACUAAUAGUUCAUUAUUUAGUGAUGUCUAUUUGCUUCCUAUUACUUCCUUUUUGACAUUCCAGAAUGCAUUCCUGUUUCAGAUUUUUCUAUAUCAUGUCACAGAACUUUUAUGGUAAGAACUGUUCUUUAAAUGCAUGUAUUCCUUUUGUCAGCGGAGAGAGUGCUGUACAAGUGCUAUUUAGUGAUUUCCUUCAUCUACAAAUUGGGCUGACAUGCUGUGUUCACAAAUAAAAAUGCUAAGUGAGGCACUAUACCAAGCAAGUUUAAGGUCAUAGACAUCCUCUUUUUUUUUUUUAACAGAAUCAUCAAAAAUAAAAGUAAGGCAGCCUUUCAAGAUUGGUAAUGGUUAAGUAAGAAGCUGGUAUUUUGCACUGGCACUGUCUACUUGGUCAUAGAAUUUUUCAGCAUGCAUGGAUGGUGAGUUAGUGUUAUUUUUCCUUCUCCUCACCAGGGAAACUGAUAGAUCAAGCAGUUUGGGGAAUUUUCCCAUGGUCUGAUGUCAAGGGUUCAGCUAUAAAAUGGAGCAUCAAAGUUUAUGGACAAAGACAUUACCCACCAAAGUCGGAAAAGAUGUGCUAAUUUAGAUGAUAAAAAUAACUGAAUUUUAAAAUAAAGCAAGUGCCACACUUCUACUUUCCCAUAAAAAAGUUGUUUACCUUUUUUUUAUUCAUUUGCAUGCUUGAGAUGUUUCUAUAUAAUGACUGUAAAGUAUGCUUGCCCACUGCAAUCCAAAAUGUUUUCCAGAUUACAGUUCUUGCUGUCAUUUAAUAGGCAAGCAACAUGUCUAUAGAUAGAGCAUACCUGAGGAAGUCCAUGGACAGCAAGGGAACAUUUUUCCCACACUUGGGCAUGAACUGUCAGGUCAGUGUCUAAUUCUAGUGUUCCUACUUAAAAAUAUAUUUUUUUAAUCAAAUGGCAGAUGGACAGAAAAAAAUAAAUGUGUAAGUGUGUGAUGCCCCUAAAGUAAAGGUUUUGUUUUUAAGGAGCUUGAGUUUUAUUUUUUAUUUCAUAGAAACAUUGCUGAAAUGCACUUCAAUUCUAUUUCAGUUCAGGUGCUGCACCCUGUACUGGCUGUUUAGGGAUAGAAAGAUGAAGGACACUAUAUGUACACUCCAGGAGCUCAUGUCCAAUGUAAAAGUAAAAGCUAGAGUGCCGUAUUGUUUUUUCAAAGUGUAUGUCAUAGUUUGUGGGCAUCAUAUUAUUUGUUGAAUGAAAGGUUCUUAUAAAUCAACUGUAAUAUUGCCAUGCCAUGAGAAACUCUCUGACAUUGCCAGGAAACAACUUUAAAUCACCAAAAAGCUUUAACAUCAAAUAAUACUUUUAGAAAGAGGGGACCUGGUGAAAAGCCUUUCAGCUCUACACUUAGCCUGUGAGGUGUCCCCUAAAAAAGGAACUAAGCUGAAAGAAGUUUACACAUGUCUUAGUACUGUUAAGUUUGUAGAUAACAUUACUGAUUUAAAUUAAAUUUAACUAGAAUAGCAUUUGUGUGUCAUGAAUUAUAUCAUCGAUUGUCUCAUAAGCAACACAUUAUCUUGGCUGACAAAAUCAGCUACCAUUCAGUGAACCAAGUUAAGAAUAACUCAGGUGCCUAAUGCCAAAAAUAAAUCUGAUAGAGCUGAGAAUCCAGAAACAAACACAAAUAUAUAUUGAAUAAAUGAUAAAAGUGACAUUUCAAACCAGUAGGGAAGAAUGGAUUAUUGAACAAAUAGUAUUAAGACAACAUAACUAUUUGGGAAAAAGAUAACUUUAGAUCUCUAACUCACCAAAAUUAAUUCCAGCCAGACUAGCAGUGAGCCUUAUUCUUUUUGGUCACAUAUCCCUUUUAGAAAUAGCCCUAUGAAAAUGCACAUAAGCCAAAAGUUUUACAAUUAAGUUAUGAAGAAAUGCCCAACUUCAGCAAGAUAAGGAAAAUUAAUGCACAUUAAAACACAAGAAACCAUCUCAGAUCCAACUGGCAAAUAUUUAAAAUAAAUGUAAAUCAAGAGUCUGGGGAAACAGGAAUCCUACGUCGCUGGUGAGCAUAUAAACUAGCACAGCCACUUUUAAAGACAAUUGAGUGGUGUCCAUUACAGUUUUAAAUUCACAUGCCCCAUGACCCAACAAUUCCAAUUUUCAAUGAAACACACUUUACACACUUCUGUUCACAAGGUGGCUUGUACAAUGAUAUCUGUUGUACCUUUGAUUGUAAUAAUACAAAGUUGGAAAAAACAAAAUACCCAUCAAGGGAAUGGGGCACGGUACACAUUAUAAAAUACUAGGCAUUAAUGAAAAAGGAGAGCCCUACCUGUACUGACAUGGAAAAAUCUCUAAGUUACAAUGUUAUGUUUUUAAAAAUUUAAGGAAAUAUUGAAGGAUAAUACAUGAAAUACAUACGAUACCAUUGAUGUUAAAAUGCCUACCACAGACAUUCACACACACAAAUACUGUAUAGUGUACAUCUUAAGUACCUAAUUGUGUAUUAUAAAAAUGUAUAGAGAAGGUCUGGAAGGAUACUAAUCAAACUGUUCACAGUAGUUGGGUGGAGUGCAUUAGCUUUACCUGUAAUGUUUGAUGUUUUUGAGUAUGCAUUCAUGUAUUGUUUGUGUAAUGACAAAUUAAUAAAUUAGAAAUAAAA